GCUGUGGCUCCGACGGCAGCGGCUCGUCCCGCCCUCGACAUGGCCAGCAUCGGAGAGGACCCACCCCACGAUGGCGAUGAGCCCCCUGCAGCAGCCGCGGUGGCAGAUGGUGCCCACCUCCUGGGCUUCUCUGACGAGAUCCUCCUGCACAUCCUGAGCCACGUCCCCAGCAUAGACUUGAUUCUGAACGUCCGGCGCACCUGCCGGAAGCUUGCAGUGCUGUGCCUGGACAAGAGCCUCACCCACACGGUGCUGCUGCAGAAGGACUAUGAGGCCAGCGAGGACAAGGUGAAGCAGCUGGUGACGGAGAUCGGCUGGGAGAUCCAGCAGCUCAGCAUGGCCGGCUGCUACUGGCUGUCGGGCAGCACGGUGGAGCACGUGGCCCGCUGCCGCGGCCUGGUGAAGGUGAACCUCUCGGGCUGCCACCUGACCUCCCUGCGCCUCUCCAAGGUUCUGUCGGCCCUGCAGUGCCUGCGCUCCCUGGCCAUCGACGUGAGCCCCGGCUUCGACGCCAGCCAGCUGAGCGGCGAGUGCAAGGCCACGCUGAGCCGUGUGCGGGAGCUCAAGCAGACGCUGUACACACCCUCGUACGGCGUGGUGCCCUGCUGCACCAGCCUCGAGAAGCUGCUGCUGUACUUCGAGAUCCUGGACCGCACGCGCGAGGGCGCCGUGCUCUCGGGCCAGCUCAUGGUGGGCCAGAGCAACGUGCCGCGCUACCAGCACCUGCGCGUCUUCUACGCCCGCCUGGCCCCCGGCUACAUCAACCAGGAGGUGGUGCGCCUGUACCUGGCUGUGCUCAGCGACCGCACGCCCGAGAACCUGCACGCCUUCCUCAUCUCCGUGCCCGGCAGCUUUGCUGAGAGCGGGGCCACCAAGAACCUCCUGGAGCCCAUGGCCCGCAACGUGGCGCUGGACGCGCUGCAGCUGCCCAAGUCCUGGCUCAACGGCUCGGCCCUCCUGCAGCACAUGCGGUUCAGCAGCCCCUUCUACUUCAGCUUCAGCCGCUGCGCCCUGUCCGGCGGCCACCUGAUCCGGCGCGUCAUCGACGGCGGCAGGGACCUCCGGAGCCUGGCCGGCCUGAACCUCAGCGGCUGUGCGCACUGCCUGGCGCCCGACUCCCUGCUGCGCAAGGCCGAGGACGACAUCGACAGUGGCAUCCUGGAGACGCUGGUGGCGGCCUGCGGCAACCUGCGGCACCUCAACCUCUCGGCCGCCCACCACCACAGCCCCGAGGGCCCCGGCCGGCACCUGUGCCAGCUGCUGGCCCGGCUCUGCCACCUGCGCUCCCUGUCGCUGCCCGUCUGUGCCGUCGCUGACGCGGCGCCGCGGGCCGACCGCGCGCCCGUCCAGCCUGCCACGCACGCCGUGCCCCGCGGCUUCGGCAAGAAGGUCCGCAUCGGCGUGCCGUCUGGCCCCGACCCUUUCUCCGGGCAGGCGGGCCCCCUGCCGUCCUCUGCGUUCUGGUCGCUGCUGAAGAGCGUGCCCUUCCUGGACCGCCUCGAGCUGAUCGGGUCCAACUUCUCGUCUGCCAUGCCGCGCAACGAGCCCGCCAUCCGCAACUCGCUGCCCCCCUGCGGCCGGGCGCAGCGCGUGGGGGACUCGGAGGUGGCCGCCAUCGGCCAGCUGGCCUUCCUGAGGCACCUGACGCUGGCCCAGCUGCCCAGCAUCCUGACGGGCUCCGGGCUGGUGAGCAUCGGCCUCCAGUGCCAGCAGCUCCAGUCCCUCUCCCUGGCCCACCUGGGCACGAUGGGCAAGGUGGCCUACACGUCCGCCCUCUCGGACAUGCUGAAGCACUGCCAGCGGCUGAAGGACCUCCGGCUGGAGCAGCCCUACUUCAACGCCAACGCCCAGUUCUUCCAGGCGCUGAGCCAGUGCUCUGCGUUGCAGCGCCUGUGCCUGGUGUCCCGCAGUGGCACCCUGCAGCCCGAGGCCGUGCUGGCCUUCAUGGCGCGCUGCCUGCACGUGGUCGUGUGCCACCUGUUCACCGGCGAGUCGCUCAGCACCUGCCGGAGCCUGCAGCAGUCCCUCCUCCGCAGUUUCCAGGCCGCGCGGCCCGCGCUGAGCGUCGUCAUCUUCCCUCUGCUCCACGAGGGCCUGACCGAUGUCAUCCGAGACGUUCCCAUGGUGCACCUGGACGAGGUCACCUUAUUUAAAAGCAGAGUGGCCGAGGAGCCGCCAAAUCUGUGGUGGUGACAGGAGCGGGCCCCCACCUGCCCGUCGCCGCCUGUGGCCGCCGCAUCUCCGUGGCCGAGGAAGCAGGACUGCCCCGGACAGGCGUGUGGCUUCCGGCCUGUGCCACGGCCGCCGCGGCUGCUCCCCUGCCCGAGGACCCCGGAUCCCCGGUGGGUCACCGGAGGGAGGAAGCCCCCUCCCCAGCCCUUAGGGGCCUCCUGUUGUGAGGAGUCUGUGCUCAGUGACGUUCUGGCUGAGAUGUGCGAGGCAGCGGCGGCGGCAGGGCCGGCUGUCGGGCGACCUGCGGGCCUGGCCGGCGUGGUCUUGGGCUGAGACACGCAUCGCCAGGGCACUGACUCCUUGGGGGCCGGGUCCCCAGAGCGCCAUGUGACCCCACGGCUGCCCCCCAGCCCCCAGGAGAGGCCCUGUGCUCCUGUGCUCGUCACCUGCCUCGGGCUCUGUGGAGGGGCGGCUCUGAGCCCGAGGCGGGAGGAGCUUGCAGGUGCUGUGGCAGAUUUGGGGCUCUCCCCUCCUACCAUUUAAUCCAGUUACACCUCUGGUAUGCGUCCAGCCACAUGACAUCAGACAGGUUCGGAGCAGCAGCGGGUUGCUGGGCAGGGAAGCUGCAGGUCCCUGUGAAGGUCUAUGUUUCUGGGGAAACACGGAUAGACCUGCUUAAUUAGAAAACCUCGAAAUAUUAAAACCCAGAAGGGAUGUGCGGGGCUGGAGAAGUGAUCACAUUACCCCGUUUCAGAUAGCUUUAUUUAGCACUUUAAAAAAAUGCAACGCAGCUAUUCCCAAACCGAGGGGUGUCCUCCCAGUGUCCUGGGCCUCCUGCCACGUGCCGCCCGGUGCUUCUGCCUUGUCAGCCACGAGACCCCCCAGAGCCGUCAUCCCUGCGGCUGGCGGGCUUCUGAGGGGCCCCGGCUGGGUUCCCUCCACCCAGCGUCGCUACUGGAGACGUCCAGGGAAGGCUGGGCCCACCUUGCCCCGGCCUCCCUCUCCCUCGGGGUUGGGGGUGCAAGUUCCCCAGGCCCUCGUCACCGCUGCGGCCCAUCUCGGCUGCCGUCCGCUCUGUGGCCCCCAGCCCAGCCCUCUUCCCACUCCUUUCCGUGUGACGGUCGCCCCCAUGUCGUGUAGCAUGUCCUAUAGUUUGCCUGUUGCAGGGCCUGGUACCUGGACCCUGGGCCUGUGUUCGCCUGCCCUUCCCUGGGUUCUCAAGGGGCAGACAGUUCAGCAGCCCCCGCCCUGCCAGGCCGAGGGGGUCCAGGAGGCCUUCCGAUGGUGGAAGUGCUCGGAGGGCCGGGGUCUCGGGACGCACACGGGCCCCCGAGUGCUCCGGUUGAUUCUUCCUAAGCGCGGUCUGUCUGGCGGCCUCCACCCAUCUCCGCGGCCCUGGCCCUGCUCUCACCUCCCCGCAGCACCCACCGGGUGGAGCUGGGGCUCCUCCCCCUGAGCUGUGGUUUUCUUGCCGAGGAGGGUGCAAUUGUCUCCUCUCUGGAGCGUGAGGUGCCCUCUUCCCUCCCCAGCUGCCGCUGGCAGCUCUUCGCCUCUUGCCCAGAGGGACCGGUCUGCCGGCUGCCCCCAGAUGGGACCCCCCACCAGACCUGCAGCCCUCCCCUCCACAGUCCUGACCUGGCCUGAGAGUCACAACCGGGCCCGCUCCUCUGGCUAUGCAGGCCACAGGCCAGGCAGCCCUGGGCCCUGGAGAGACAGGGCCCAGGCCCUCGUUAGGGCCACACGCUGUAGAUGAGGGUCAGAGAAGUGGUGGGAGUCCCCCACCCCAUUUCUGGGCAUGUCUUUCAGUUGCGCCUUGAGACCACCGGGAGGGUGACCAGGGAGGGUGAUGUGGGGACUGGCUGCCCGUUGCCCUCUCAGCAGGAGUGUGGCCAGUCACAGCCCGGCCGGCAGGGCCACGCGGCCCAGGGUGGGGGCAGGCGGUCUGGCCGACCCCGGGACCCUGGGGCCCUGGUUCACGUCUCCUUUUGUCCAGAGUGACCCGGGCUCAGGCCAGAGGAUGAUCGUUCCGCUAAAAAUUUAUCCACAGGCUGCCAUGGUUUUUGUGCUCUGGCCCGGCCGGCCUGCUCUCGUGAGCAAGGAGUUUGAACCAGCAGUGUCAUUUAUGCCAGCAAACAGGGCUAGGAGGGGCUGUUCACGAGAGGCUGGGGCACGAGCUGACUUGGAAAGCAGCCCCCAAACAGGAGCCCUUGUAUUUUUAGUGUCCCCCUCAACCAUCCUUUACUUAGAGCAAGAAUUUCCGCUGCUUCUACA